CUUUAGCUAAACAAAGAACGAAGUCAGUGUAUAUGCGUCUCAACCGAAUGCCUGGUUCCGUAAUUUGUACCUUGUUUUUAUUUUUUUAUUAAGCGGUGCUUUAAUUCGUCGGAGUUUAUGAAAACUUAAGUUCUGGAUGCGGUUUAUUCAAAUACUGUACGUUAUGUAUAAUUGUCGACAAAUUUCCCCCAAAUACACGACGUAAGGGGGAAAAAGCGACAUUUUCCCUAAAUAACCGACGUAAAGGCGAAAAAGCGACAUUUCCCUUUAUUUACGCUUUCGUCCGCUUUAUUUCCCCUUUUUCGGUUGUCUGGGGAAUUACUUUGAUUUGUCACAUUAGUUUGCAAUUGGUCAGGUAUUUCAACUUAAGUUACAAUGCCCAAACAGAGCUUAUCUGGGAAAUAAAGGCGAAUGCCCGUAAAACUUAGUGUGAACUUACGCUGAAUUGCACCAGGAUAUUUCCAUUUGCAUGUGCUCUAUGGGAAUAGACGUUUGGUCUGAAUAUCUUAAAGCGCGCUUUAAGAUAUAUGUCGCGAGAUAUAUCAAAACUCAAAACUUUACUUUUACCCAAAUCUACUCUAAAUAAUCCACCUUCUGACUACCUAAUGCCUUGAACAUCAAUCACUUACCUAGGGAAGCCGAAUUCGCACGCCUUUGGCCUUAUGAUGAAGAACGGUUCAUGAAAUUUGUUUACAGGAAUUAUAAACACAGUCCACAUAAAUAUCAUCAACAUUGGAGUGCCAGUCACACGUUCUGAGUAACAGGUAUGUUUAUCAUCGAUUAAUAUCUGGAAAAAUCUAGCAGUUUAUAAGGGUUCUUAAAUAAGUUCGUUUCUUAUUGUGAACCAGUUUCGGUUUGGAAGGGACAGGAGGCUUGAUGGCCUGUGUUAGUCCUGGCAAUGAUGGUCUUUCAGUUGAUCCGACUUUCUUCUGAAAGAGUCGACGGAUGGAUCCUCAACCACGUGCUGAGGUAAUGAAUCCCACUCGUUGAUGAUUCGAUGGGAAAUUCAAUAGUCAGCUGACAAGUAAUUUUUCCUGGGCUUGUGAACUUUUCUGGAGUGUCCUCGUAAAUUCUCUGUUUGGGAUGACAAGAAAAAUGGAGGCACAUCAGGUGCGAAUUUAUCACUUAGCGAUUUGAAAACUGUAAUAAAGCAGCCUUUAGUUCUCCAAUAUGACAACAGGGAUCGGUUUAGCUUGGCCAGUCAAGCAUCAUACGGGAGCUUCGCUAUUCCGGGGAUCAGCUUAGUUGCUGUUCUCUGAAUCUUUUCCAAAAGUUCAAUGUCUUUUUUUAAGCAGGGGCUAGCCGCUUGUAUGUAGUACUCAAGUUUAGGACUCACAAACACUGUGUACAAAGUCAGAAACGUUUUAGCGCCGACAUGACUAAAGGCCCUACGUAUUGACCAUAAAGUUCUAAAACCUUUGGUGGCUAUUGCACGACAGUGUGCAGUAGUCUUUAAGUCUUGGUUGACGAGUCAUUUUGUCUGGACAACAGGUAGCUCAGUGUUAUUCAUCGUGUAUGUAUCUGUACCUUGAUGGCCGAUAUGCAUCACAAUACACUUUGAAGUAUUAUUCGGCAACUGCCAGGUUUGAGACCACUCAGAUAAUUUCUCCAGGUUAUUUUGGAGUUCUAAGCUAUCACUCUUACUUCGUAUCGCUCUCCAUAUCUUGACAUCGUCAGCGUAUAUCGACUGAUGAUUAUAGUAGACGAGGAAGGUCAUUUAUAUAUACAAGGAAUAACACUGGAUACUAAUUUAUACGAACUUCUAACACCUCCUCAUUUGUCUCCUUACAUCACGUACAGGCGUGAAUAUCGAAGUGUGUGUAUAGCAUAAUUUGUUUUCAAAAAUUAAUCAUCACAGUAUAGACGAUUACAGAGAGAUAUAGUGAGCUUACUCUCCCUACCCUCGACUGUACUAAGGCAUUUCGGACUAUUGAGUAGUUUUAAAAAUAGAUCUUGCAUAACAAACCUGCCAGAUAUUUUAAAAGACCUCAUACAUCCUUACAGCUAGAACCGGGGCCGCGAACUCUAGUUUCGGAAUAAUAACUUUGCUGAUUAGGCUACUCUAGAUCCACAGUAGAGCAGCACGCACCGUGUAGGUUGUCGCUGUGGACUCGUGCGUUACUGGUCAAGGGUAAAUCCAUCGCAUCUUCAUUCACACCUUCCGCUUUGACACUGUAUUUUGAAUCUGUUUGGAGAAGUAGUGCUUGGUUUACCUAUGUGUCAGAAGUGUACUGUGAACUCGCGACAAUGUAGAACCAGAGUUCAUCAUCACUAUAGCUUAUUACCACCUUGGAUUACCAAUCAAUCUACUUAGGUACGUUGAGCUAGGGUUAUCCAAUGUACAAAUGAAUGUUAAUGGUUUAUCAAUAGCAAUUUGAAUGAACAGUUAGGCUCAAUUGUUCCUUGAGGGAUUGAUGAUACCUUCAUGACCGGUGUUUAUAGUGUUUAUAAUAAUCCUUCAAACUUCAGUCAGAUAAUUUCAUUUACGAUUUCCAAAUAUAUACAAUAGGGAAACCUUGAGCUUUAUGGUCAAACGUCUAACGGUUAUGUUUCUGUCGAGUCAGUCACCGUCAUACUUGACUCGCCGGCUUAUUCUGAAGUUUGAGUUAACUGUUAGUUAUGGUAGGUGUGUAGUUAGGGGACGUCGUCUUAACGGUAUGAUGGCAAAUGUAUUUUGUGGGGUGAUUAAGGUUUUUACCUAAAGAGUCAAGCUAUUCAUCAUCAUUGAGAAUCUGACUUUUGGAUAUUAAACAUUAACAUAGUGUCUGAUUUCCCUUUGGACACUGUAUUUGAUUUACUAAGGCCUCGCCAAAUAUGAGAUUUCUUUGUGAAUAGGAAUAUAGGUAAAACUGUUAUUGCUACCAUUAAUAAAUCCGUCCUUCAAUAGUGUACCUGGUGGCACCGGAUUAUUAUCUCAGUUUUCUUCCCCUAUCAACUGGAGGUAUUGAAAACUGAAAACAUGUCGUCAGCAAGAAGAUAUGGAGAACAGACUUGUAAAACUAUGGGUUUCUUCUAUAAUUAAGUUAUGAGACCAGAAUUACCUACUAGUUAUGCUUUACUUGGAAGUUAAUUCGUGAAUUCUCGUCACACACUUCUUGAGAGCUAAUGAUUCUACCCGGUCGCUCAAUACGAUGCUUGUUGAGCAGCGUUCAACCUCAGGACUUAGUGUUCGGAUGCUGAACCCUUUAUCUAUAAAGCUGAUACUGAUUAACGAAUAUUUAUACUAUACUCUUCGUCCUUUAUGACUGUUUGAUUAAGGAAACGUAUAGCUGCUCUCAAUAUCCAAGCUAAUAGAAAUCUUAUAUGUUAAUAGCAUAUCUUGCGAAAUCGUAUGAGUGAUGUUUUUUGUUUGUAAAAUAAAUCUACCCACAAACAAAUGUUCAAUCUAUUUCUAUAUUAUUGUUUGUUGUUUUAUAUUUUAUUCUACAACUCAGUAUCUGAUGUUCUUCAGUACAUUAGUUAAUUGUGUAUUAAGAUUGUACUAUCAUCACUUGUUCUUAAUCACUCAACUGUACUAAUAUUGGUCGAAGACCUUGGAAACCCCUUGCUGUUAGAAUAAUAUACCAAAAUAUAUGGCUAAUUUGCGAGCUUUUAUUGUUGGUAGUACUGGCGAAACAGGAAAAGCGUUAAUCAAAGCCUUAGCUAAAGAUACAAGAUACAGUUCUAUCAAAUUAAUUCAAAGGCGUAAAACAGAUGUUGAUUAUGGUUUUGAAAACAAAGAUUCUGAAAAUCGUUUCACUCAGAUUAUUAUAGAUUUCGACCAUUUAGAUGACUAUCAAGAAGUAUUUCAAGAUACUGAUGUGGGUUUUUGUGCCCUUGGGACAACCUUAAAAAAAUCAGGAAAGGAAAAAAUGAGGAUAAUAGACCAUGACUAUGUAAUUCAUAUUGCAAAGUUAAGUUCUGCAGCUGGCUGUAAAGAAUUUCAUCUUGUCAGUUCAAAAGCAGCAAAUAAAACAAGUAUCUUUUUUUAUCUUCAACUUAAAGGUGAAACAGAAUCAGAUUUAAUAUCACUUAAUUUAUUUCCUAAAUGUCUUGCAAUUUAUCGUCCAGCUACUUUAUUAUGUUCACGUGUUGAAUCACGACUAGCGGAAAGAGCUUUUCAAAAUUUAUUGAAACCUUUCGCAUAUCUUGCACCUACAUUAUUAACAACACCAAUUGAUAUCCUUGCAAAGGCUAUGGCUAAUGCUCCAUUUAGUUCAAAAUUAAAAACUGAUUUAUCUGUACAGCAAGAAAAAUCAUUACCUAAAAAUGUGUAUAUCUUUGAAAAUUCUGAUAUUUUCUUACUUGCAUCAGACAACAAAGAUAUAUAAUUAUUCCAUUGAGAUUGUGCUUUAACUUUGAGAGAGGUUAAUCAAACGUUUGGAAUAUGAAUCGAACCGUAGAAUACAACGCUUUUAUUGUAUGCCUCUCUUACAGUGUUUCCGCUGUAGCGUGUUCCUCAUAGCGUUUUUAUGUUUAUUUUUUACGACUUGGUUUCUUUCAAGUUUACCACCUUCUCUAUAUCAACAAAGACAUUGUGUCUUGAGAUCUGGGUCAUGGUUUCUCACAGCAUUUUACUACUGCUUACGGUUUCACUGAUAUACAGAACAAUUGACACAGCUUGGAUCGAUCACAAGAUCUGCAAAUGAUUUGAAUCAGUUGUUAUUUCUCUAUGCAUAAGAUAUUCGAACUUAAUUUAUGGAUUAGCUAUUGUGGAAUUUCAUCUGAUCGGGAUUUCAUGUCUUCAAAACAGCGUCGGUUCACUACAUUAUCUGUUCAGUAAAUCUAGAUAAAAUAAUUGUUUUGUCCACUCCAUGUCUAGUUAUAUUUAUAUGUUUGCGUGUAUUUGUUAAAGUUAUGACCAUAAAAGGGCAAAUAGAGAUGUUUCUUUUAAAGUAUCUCAAUGUAGCUACAAUCCUGUAUAAACAACUAGUUUUGUUUAUUCCGGUAAGAAUAAAUGUCAGUAGUAAUUGGCUAUUCAUUCGUUUUUCAUUGUAGUUUUAAACGUUGUGCUUAUCAGAAUAUUUGUCUUUCGACUACAAUCAACUUCACUAAUGCACAUGUCUUAUUCUGAGGUUUUUACACUAAUUCUAUUAAUUAACCCAACUUUGGACUCAAUCCUUCUGCGAAAAAUAUAAUACAAUAACGACUUGUGAACUGAGAAGUAGUUAUUUCCUGAGCAACUUAUAUUCUCCCUGCGCUUGAUCCUCUCAUUUAUGUAAACAGGGCACAAAUGACAGUUUUUGUUGAGCGCUGUGCAGGCACUACACAUCGUACUGUAGUUAAAUAUUAUUACGAAAGCAUGUCAUAAGGCUUUACCAUAUGACGGUACCACCUCAUUGACUGAACAAGACAUUCUUAGUAUAGGGUCGUGGAGGUUUUUGAGUAUCAUUGAAAUCAUAAACUAAUCAAUGCUAGACCACCAUUGAGAGCCUUGAAGCACUAGACGGCCGUUUCGUCAUAGUAUGGGGCUCGUCAGCAGUGAGUAUCCACGACCUCUAUGGAGAACUCGAACCCAGCGCGAACAGUUAACUUCCUGACCACCGAGCAUGCAUCCAACGAAAAUAAUGGAAGAUGGUCUCGCAGUGUCAUGGAUUACUUGAAAUUAAACAUUAGCAGAAAGCUCGACUGACUUUCGUCAACUCGCAUAACUUGUGGGAUAGGACGAGUUUACUCCACAGCGUUACGUACAAUCAGUAUUAAACAUAUUAAUAUUUUCCCUCCCUCUAAGUAAAGUAGUCUAAUAGAUGUUUGUUUACUACGGUAAUUAACUUAACUAAUCGUUUGCCUGAUACAGAAUAUUGCCGUCCAUAUUAUUGAUAAUCAGUAAUACAUCUUUAUUAAUUUACCUAAAUAACACUUUCAUUUCUAUCAUAAUGUUGACAGUAAUAUAAGUACCUAGUUACGGGACAACUUAGAAUUUCUAUCGUUAAAAAAUGUUUGCUGUUAAUUUGCCAAUUAAUGUUUUGUAUUUUAGGUGUAAAUCAUAGCAUUCACAAUGUCCCGAACAUGAAGUUUUGAGUGUCAUGUAGACAUUCUGCCCCUGUUAGAUGUAAAUAAAAUGUUGCAUUAUUAGUAAAUGCAUGGCAAAUUAUCGAACUCAUUUUAGGAUACAUUUUUGUGUAAUUACCAUGUAUUUACUGGUAAUUUUCACAUUCAUUGUAGUUUCUCCCAAUUUGUUGUUCGGUAAGGUAAAUGAAAAGAAUACGUCACAAAUGAAUCGUUUUAUAUAUAUUAUCACUAACAAUUCACCCAAAAAGUACAAUAUCUAAUCAUAAAACAUUUUUUUAAAAGAUUCGAGUGCCUUCAAACGACAAGGUACUUUGGAAUAUAAGUAUGAAACAAUUAGUACGCAUGCUACAAGAUACCAAAUUGGAAAACUGGAUUCAAUAAGUUUUAAUGAUGGUUUUAUUAAGUAUAAAGCAUAAAAUGAAAAGGAUCAUGUAGCUUAUUCUUAUAGGUAACAAAUUGUUAUUGUACUGAUGUGGUUCAUUUUUGGAAACAGUUGAUUUAAAUCACCGAUUCUUCAUAAUUUUUAUUAUAAAGCAGGUUAAAGAAGAACAUAUACUGCUAAAAUAGAACUUGAUCGAUACUAAACAAUCAAUGCAAAGGAUAAAACAAACAUUUUGGUUCACUUCACAAUAAGCAAUUAGUGUUAACGUCUCUAAAUUUAACACUGGGUAACCCAAAUCCAAAUGCAAUAAAGAGCAUCAGUACCCCCAAGAUCGUAGAUAUGUUCUGUUUGAAAAGAGCCACGUGGGACCUGGUUGAGCAGAACAUCCUGGUGAUUUCCCCAAUCACUUGACAUGUGACUUUGGAGCUGAAUCAAACAGAAAGUAAACCAACAGGUCCAUCUUGAAGCAUACGAUGAGAAACGUAUUCAUUCAUAAAGAAAUAAUACUCCUCACCAAUGAUAAUUGUUAAUAAAAGUUAUAUAACCUCUCAAAAUGGUUUUAUUCAAGUUGUUUUAAAAUGAAGGAUUAUAAAGUCUAGUUAUAGUUAUAAUAGUCUAUCCGCCCACUUGUUUAAUAAAAAAUUCAUUUGCUUUUAAGAAAUUUUAUCUCAUUUUGGUGUAAACUAUAGAAAUUCAAUGUGGGAAGUUUUUCAUCCCUAAUGCAGCUGUUUUGUAUGUGACUAGGACAACAGUUAUUUAAAACUCUGUCAGCUUGAACUUUGAUCGCAAAUCUCCCAUUUAGAGUCUACAUAAUCCAUGAAAUCAUUCGACACAGUAUGUAUAUGUGUAUAUGUCAGUUUGACUGAACGCAUGUCUUCAUCUUAACACACAGUAAUUUUACUCACGUAUUAGCGCCCGUAAAAUACGCAUACAUUCUUCGCUUUCCGGUAUGCUUAUCCAUCGUAUGCAUGUGGGUUUAAUUAAUUAUUAAGAAUACACUCUCCCAACAUAACUGGUAUUCUGGUUUUUGAAUAUCCUGAAGUGAAUUCAUAGCAAUAUAAAAAGAACUAGUCUGCUAAGAAAAACAGUUAACAAUUCAUUACGUUUAGAAGUCAAAGUCAGCGAAUAACCUCUAAAGGGUAUCCUAGGUUCAGUAAUUACCAGCGUUCUGUUAAUGCAAGCAAACAAGAGUUCGGUUGCUGUUACAAUGAACUGAAGAAUUAGUCACUUAAAACCACCUAAUGGUUUAACUGAGGUAAUAAUUUUACAACAAACAAAAUGACUACAGUACUGUUAUAGUAAGCCAAGCGGGUCAUCCAGAUCCAUAUACUAAGACUUCAAUCAACAGGGAUUUUACAAGCUGUAUAUGGUUGGUUAACUCUAGAUAGAGAAAGUGUAAUUUUCAAAAAUCCGACAUUCAAUCGCAAAAACAUAAGAAUCAGUCUAUGAGAAGCUGGGAGUACACCGUCUGAAAUAUAGUUUUCAGAAAUCUUUAAUAUUUCUUAAAAAUAUAUAUCAUUUAUCUACCAAUAAUGAUCUCUUUAAAAGAGAUUAUAGAACUGGGUUCAUGUUUUGGUAUGAGCACCAGCAGGUAUAUCCGGCUUGCAAAUCGAUUAAUUGCUAGAAGGGUUCUCGGCCUCCUGACUUCCGAAGAAUCUCGCCUUUCAUCAUGGGGCAUCAUUAUCCUUCUAAAUGAAUAUUUGUCAACUCCCAGGGAAGAGUUUAAAUGGUUUAAAUUAUUUUUUUCUGGCUAGCGUUUUUGGAACAAGGUUUUUGUCUACGGGGUGAGCUUGCUGACCCCAUGCCCAACUCUCUUCCUUUACCUGGUCUUAAGAUCAGCAGUAACCCUAGAAGGGCUGCAGGCGUAGUUAAUGACAAUUUACUCAAUAGUAACCGUUUUUGAUUAUAGAACAGAUCAGAAGUGUCAUUUUAUUAUUGUUAUGACAGUAGAAACAAGAAAAAGAUAUUUAGAAAUAGAUUUUAAUAUUGGAACGAAAUUUUCUUCCUCUAGUCAAAUGCUACAACAUUUUUUGAAUUCAUAUUGUCAAAUUUGCAUAUGAAAAGUGUAUAUACAUAACCUCCAUGACAACGAAUCACGUAUUUUAAUGUAAAAAGUGAGUUCGACAAGUUCUAGGAUACUGAAAGUUUAUUCUUAGUAGCGUUCACAUAAAGGAUCAAUUAAAGCUGGAAUCCAUUCAAAGACAAUAUACAUUUCUUAUUCUUGGGACUAAUUGUAACUUAAAUUGUAAGUUCAGAUGCAAUUAACUUGAACUGGAAAGGGAGGCUCAAACUAAAUCUAAUCUUUUUAUUCAAAAUACUUUAUAAGCUACCUUUUAUAUCCAAUAAAGCAAUUCAGUACGAAGAAACUCCUAGUUACGGCAUCCGUAACUCUUUGUCACUGGUGGAAUAAUCUCAUUCUAAAUCUUUUCUCCAUAUGAAUUAUUUUACCAGUAAAUUUUCCAGACUGGGAUAAUUUACCAUAAUCUGUCUAUGAAAUGAACUCCUAUUCUUCGGUUCGGGCAGUAUCAUAGUCCAUGCAAAAUUCAAGUGACUUGUGUGACGCAUAUGUAUUCGGCGCCCCUUUGUACCAAUAUCUGUGUUCAAAUAAAUGAAUCGAUGUUUACUUGUCCCAUGAAAAUGUCCUAAAUGUGCUUACACUCGUAAGUAUAUCCCAUUCGACAAGUGAAAUCAUAGGAACUCUAAAUGUUUAAUUGUUUUUAUUACUGACCCCACUAAGUAAACCUACCUACCUGCUGUCACUUUACUGGCAACCUUGACCAAUUUGAAUAAUAUCUAACACAAACAGUAUAUCAUAAAGUAGCCCAGGAUAUGUAUUAUGGUAGAUCUGGCUAACCUAUCAUAGUAAUUAUUGCUUUUGUUGUUCUGUGCCCUCUGUUUCCGUUUUAUUUUCUCGUUAUAUAUGAUUAGAAUCGAUUCGCUAUGGCGCAGGAAGUGACCUGAAAUCCACCGAUCACACAUCAACAGGAUGUUCACUUAAAGAGAAUUAAAAGUUCCGGGCUGAUAUCUUUCAUUGCUGCAAUACAUGUGAAAAAUACACUAAAAAAAUUUUGAACUAGAACACUUAAAACAAUCUAAUGUCACAUAUCUGUUCUCUUCAUUUAAUAUUACUAGCCAUAUCAAGUUGAUCAUGACUGUAAACUGGCAUGAAUUCUGUAAUUACUAUUUUCAGAAUAUAUUACAUGAAUAUUAAAUAGUUCUGAUUGACCUACUAGUUCUUUAUAAAUGAAUUAUUGAAUCUGUUAUGUCUUUAUGCCUGAUUAAUUAUAUCACGUGAUACGGCCAUCAAUUAGACACCGCACUCGGGAAUCGAACCCAGCACCUAUGGUCUCGCGUGCGGAUGCUUAACCUCUAGACCACUGAGCUUACAUCUAGUGUUCCCAGGUUUUCAAUGGUCGUUUAAAAUUGAUCAUUUCAUGAUUCCAAUGAAGCUUAACAAUUUCCAUAGCCCUCUAUUGACAAUUAUCAUGUGAUCACUUGUGACUAGUUUCAAGCAUUAGUUCCUGGAUUCCUAGUGAGUAGCCUUGAUGAAUGGCGUUUGACCAUGUCAAGCGUAAAGACAAUGAAAGGUAAUCGCCCAAUACUGUGAAUCGAUUGAAGUUAGAAAUUAACACUUCUGGAUACCGGCUCAGUGAAUAACAUCUACUUGAUAAAAAGUAACCAACAUCCAUAUUAUUAAGAUUAUGGCUCAACACAAUUGUAUCUUUACAGAAU